CGCUCGGCCCUGCGUACUCUCCUCUGAUCAACUCUCCACUCCCUCACUUUAGUCCAAGCCUUCGAGUCGUCAAAAUGGCCGCUGCAAUCAAGGCAAUCAAUGCGAAGAUCCGGUCUAACAAGGCCCUGGAUUACUUCUGCUCUACCCACUUCUGGGGCCCUGCCUCCAACUUCGGUAUUCCCAUUGCGGCGGUGAUGGACACUCAGAAGGACCCUGAAAUUAUCUCCGGCCAAAUGACCGGUGCUCUCGUUGUCUACUCGGGCACUUUCAUGCGCUACGCCCUUGCCGUCUCCCCCAAGAACUACCUCCUGUUCGCCUGCCACGCCGUCAACUUCUCCGCCCAGCUUACCCAAGGAUACCGCUACCUGAACUACUGGAACUGGGGAGGCCGUGAAGCUCAGCUCGCCGAGGCCGCCAAGCAGGGCAAAAAUGCCACCGAGGCUGGCGCUUAAACGACGUCAUCUUCCUUUUCUCGACUUUAUCGCCUCAUCCCGCUUGCUGCGCGGCUUAUGAAUACCCCAUACGUCUUCAGCAGCAUUGCCUGCCCACCUACCCAUUUAAGUAGACAAUACCACAAUAUCAUGAAUCAAAUCGCCAAAUCAAUGUGAGACCUGUACGUUGAGGGAUGAUCCAGGUAAGAUAUGGGGCAAGAUGACGGCUCCAGCCACUUGUAUUAUUAAUAGUGGCGCUGGGAUUGGUAGUUUUGUUUGGUGGGGGGGUUGGGUUUUCUGCUGUUGACUAUGAGAUAUCUUUGUAUCUAGCAGCUGGGCAUGCCGGGGUUUUCUGUAUAUAGGCUUUUGUUUUUGCGCAUCAACAAGGUUUAGACAUUGAU